ACCACACGCUUCUUGCCAGUCACCACGCGCCGAGAUGGCUUCCUCUUACCGAUAUCCGUUUGCCGCUGCACCAGACAUAAUUCGCUCGCACCAGAAAGAUGCCUACUUUGAGGGUGUCCUGCUGGAGCAGCUCUCAGCCAUCCUCCGCAAGCUCUACGGCGCCCGCUUCGCCCACACUUACACGACGGAAGCGCGCACCGUCGCCGACCUCCUAUACCUGGGCCUGACGACGUUCAUUGGCAACCGGACACUGGGAGAAGAGUACUGCGAUAUCGUGCAGGUGGAGGACGACACGCUGCGACUACCGACGAUCGCGCGCCGGAGCGGCUACAUCCUCACGAGCAUCCUGGUGCCAUACGGAUUGAACAAAGUACUGCCGGCGCUACGGCGCCGUGUACGCGCAAAGCUGGAAUCGAAUCUACGGCGGCGAGCGCGCAAGCAGCAGGCUCCGAGCAAAACACACCGGUUCCAAGCAUAUCUUCUGACCAACCUGGACACGAUCACGUCACCUGCGCCGCUCUACGCCGUGUCGCUCGCGACAUUCUACUUCAGCGGGGCGUACUACGAGCUCGGCAAGCGCGCAGCAGGGCUGCGCUACAUCUUCACGCGGCGGCCCGACCCGUCGGAGCAGCGCGUGGGGUACGAGGUGCUAGGCGUGCUGCUGGUGCUGCAGCUGGGCGUGCAGGCCUGGCUGCACGUCAACAGCACGGUGCGAGAUAGCGGCGCGGGGCACGGACACGCCGUGGUGGCGAAUGCGGGCAGCGCCAUGGGCGGCUCCGCCAUCCUACAGCAUGGCGUCGAGGUCAGCCUGAACGCCCAAGACUACGCCAGCAACAACGCGCUGCUGUUCGAUACGGCGGCGCCGGCUGUGGGGGAUGGUCAGAGCCAGCGCGUCGCUAGGACGACGCAUACGCCGUUGACGCGGGGACCGCGCUUCGAUCUCCGCGAGGAGGACGCCAUGGCGUGGAUGCCGGCUGCUCAGCAGCGCAAGUGCACGCUGUGUCUGGAGGAGAUGAAGGAUCCGAGUGUGACGACUUGUGGUCAUGUCUUUUGCUGGUCUUGCAUUGUGGACUGGUGUCGUGAGAAGCCGGAAUGUCCGCUUUGUCGCCAGAUGAGUCUUGUGCAGCACAUUUUACCGCUAAGGUGUUGAAAUAAGGUCUGAGAAGAGUAUGCAUUUAUGAGAUAUGAACUGAGUCGAAACAUGUAAGAUGGCUUCACACUGGGAGGCAUACUCAUACUUGAAGACGCAUUGCCUUAAUGUCCAGUUCGAGCCUGUCCGCAAAUCAUUCAAGAUGUAUAAGAUACCCCGUCCUUGAAUAGGUCCGAAAUG